UUGGUAACAGACACCAGACGGAGCAGCAUGUUACUCGAAGACCAGAGAUACAUUCAUGAGGACCUUGAGCGGCUCGAACAGGGCAUCGCUGAUCGCAUGGGCGAGGAGCCCAAGCACAUCCGCGAUCGCCUUAACCGAGACCACGAGGUGGCACAGUUACUCGACCAAAUUCAACGCCAAUCUGCAGAGCUACUACCGCUCUACGAGGACAAGUUCGGGCUUAGAUCUAAAGAGAUCCUUCAAAUCAGCACGGGCGAUCCUUUCGAGGAGUUCUAUCGCCAAGUAUCCAAGAUCAAGGAGCACCAUGCGCGGUAUCCCAACGAGCAAGCAGAGAACUCGGAGCAAUGGUAUCGACCGCGCAAGGGAGGCGACGACCAACCCUACAUCGUUGAGAACAUGUUCUCGGGCGAAGAGGCAUACGGACGGUUCUUCGACUUGCACGAAUGCCACGAGUCGUACCUGAACCUUCCAAAUACGAAGCGACUCGGGUACCUGCAGUACCUCGAAGUUUUCGACAACUUCCAGCCGGGAUAUGGCGGGGUGAAACGGGCGGACAAGUUGACAGACCAGUACUUCAAGUACCUCGGCGAGCUGAUGGAAUACCUGGAGUCGUUCAUGCGCCGAACGCGGCCACUGGAAAACCUUGAUGAGGUUUUCAGCGGCUGGCAGCAAGAGUUUGAGACGGCAUGGGAGAAGGAUGAAGUGCAGGGCUGGCAGAGGGACAAGGCGGCGAAGACCACUGCACCCGAAAGGACGCUAAGUACCAGCGAAGCAGUCUGGUGCGAGGCAUGCGAGAAGGAAUUCAAGAACCCCAAUGUCCACAAGGGCCAUCUGAACGGCCGGAAACACAUAAAGGCGGCGGAGCUUCUCGCGCAGCGGCAAAGUGCGCAGGACGCCAACGCCAACGGCACAACCACAACAUUCGCGCAUCGACUAAAAGAACGAGCAGUGGCCGAGCGCGAGUUCCGUAUCAAGAAGCUGACUGGCGCUAUGAACAUUGAGCGGGACGACACGCGAGUGAACGUGGAGCGCCGACAGGGCAUGACGGAGAGGGAACGGCAACAGGAGCUGGAAAACCUGUAUAACAUGACUUCUGGGGCGCAAAACAGAGAGGCAGAUGAGGGGGAGAAGGACGAGGGAGAGGAUAAGCUCUACAAUCCCUUGAAGCUCCCCCUCGCCUGGGACGGCAAGCCGAUCCCAUUCUGGCUGUACCGGCUGCACGGUUUGGGACAAGAGUUUCCCUGCGAGAUUUGCGGCAAUUUCGUCUACCGGGGCCGGCGAGCCUUCGACAAGCACUUCAACGAGACAAACCACAUUACCAACCUCAAGCGGCUGGGCAUCACCGACGCGUAUCUGUUCCGGGACAUCACCUCUAUCGAAGAGGCUGUCAGGCUGUGGGACAAAAUCCAGCGGGAUAAGAGCAAGGGCCACAUCGACGACGGCGCAAUCGUCCAGAUGGAGGACGCCGAGGGUAACGUGAUGCCCGAGAAGGUGUAUCUCGACUUGCAGAAGCAGGGCCUGUUGUAGUCUGGAUGAACUGGAAACUGUACAUUAGGGAGAGCAACGUGGUUUGGCUGAUAUCCUCGUAAAAUUUCCACUGGCUGGCAUGGUUGUUCGUCUCGACGUCGAGAUUUUACUUGCAGCAGCCAUACUGGGCAUACUCGAUCAGAUGCUGGCGAUGUUCUUGGCAUAUGUCAAAUGCCAAGCAGGGCUGCGAAUUCUCGGAUAACUCCUACCCGGCCAUGGAAAAUGAGAACGGGCUGUGAAAUGUCAAAUUCCAAAAGUCUUCCAC